CUGGGCUUUCUACUGGAGAGGGCGGGGCCUGGAAUCGAUCGCUCCGGCAUCCUCUAGGCGUCCUCAGGAUCAGCCGAGCCUGGAGCCAUCGAUCGAUACCUCCAGUGACUAGGAGGCGGCCUGUGGCGUGUUCGCGCCGACGGAACCAGCCGUCGCCAGCACCGGGGCGACACAGCCAGAUCCAAACCUGAGAGACACUGAACAUGGCAGAGGACACUGAGGGUCUUACAGAGCCCCUGGAGGGAGCUGGAACUCUCUGGAAGGCCCUCAGGACCCUCCUUCCAGACUCAAAGGAGGAGCUGAAGCUGGAUUUCAGUGAGAAGGUGGACAGGAGCGUGGCCAUGCUGCUGCAGCGGGCUGUGGGGCUAUUCUACGAGAGCUCUUGGCAGGGGUGCCUGCAGGCCAGCGAGACUGUCCUGGACUACACCUGGGAGAAGCUCAACACUGGACCUUGGCAGGAUGUGGACAAGGAAUGGCGCCGUGUGUAUGCCUUCGGCUGUCUCCUGAAGGCCCUGUGUCUGUGCCAGGCACCACAGGAGCCAGCUGCUGUGGCCACGGCCCUGCGGGUAUGUGACAUGGGCCUGCUGAUGGGGGCGUCCAUCCUUGGGGAUGUCCUCAUCAAAGUUGCUGCAGUCCUCCAGGCACACCUGUGUUCCAGAAAGCAGCCUGCCUGUGACCCCCACCAGGACCAGCCUGCCACUAAGAAGGCAAGACAUGACUCGACUCCCAAUAUGGCGUUGGAGAGGGCAGUGCCCCGACUCCACUGUCCGACCCUGCAGUACUUCAGGAAGCAUUUUCUCAUUCCUGGGAGGCCUGUGAUCUUGGAAGGCGUGGCUGACCACUGGCCCUGCAUGAGGAAGUGGAGUCUGGACUACAUCCGGGAGAUUGCUGGUUGCCGUACUGUUCCUGUGGAAGUGGGUUCCAGGUACACAGAUGAGGACUGGUCCCAAACCCUCAUGACCGUCAGUGAGUUCAUCCACAAGUACAUCGAGAGCGAGGCACAGGAUGUCGGGUACCUUGCUCAGCACCAGCUUUUUGACCAGAUCCCGGAGCUGAAGCAGGACAUCAGCAUCCCCGAUUAUUGUUGCCUAGGGAACGGCGAAGAGGAAGAGAUCACCAUUAAUGCCUGGUUUGGUCCUCAAGGAACUGUAUCUCCACUGCAUCAGGAUCCCCAGCAGAACUUUCUGGUUCAGGUGUUAGGAAGGAAGUACAUCCGGCUGUAUUCCCCACAGGAGUCCGAGGCUGUGUAUCCUCACGAAACACACCUUCUUCAUAAUACGAGCCAGGUUGACGUGGAGAAUCCUGACCUAGAGAAGUUCCCCAAGUUCGCCAAGGCUCCAUUCCUAUCCUGCAUCCUGUCCCCAGGAGAGACCCUUUUUAUUCCCGUUAAGUACUGGCAUUAUGUGCGUGCCCUGGACCUGAGUUUCUCUGUCAGCUUCUGGUGGUCAUAGCCAGGGCAGGAGUGCAAAAGACCCACAGCAGCAGCAGCACCUACUCACAGCUCUGAGCCUAGGUCCCCUGAGAAGCCUUCAAGGUGCUGGGGGCACCAAGAGGACGGAGCACCAGAAGCUGCACAGGUAGGGAGAGCCCCGGAACACACCAGACAUCCCACCAAGACUCUGACAUCCAAAGGCUCUGACACCUGAAGGCUGAAGGCCAUACAUGGUUGGAAAUGGCCAGCAGUUAAGCCCUGUGGGAAGGCAUGGGCCCUAGGUUGCUGCUGGACUCAGUGGUCCUGCUCCUUCUGAGCCAGUGCCUAGAAAGGUGUAUGUAUGUGGCAGGUCUGCUGUGUAUAUCUAGGCCAUCCAUAAAGAUUAUGGAUGCUUUAUGCUUUUCUUUGUAAAUUCAGUUUUUUUCAAUAAUAUAAGUAAAAAUAAUUUUAAUUUUGAAA